AUGGUUUGGUUCCAGCAAUGUAUGUGCUUCAGAAAGGAAGAUAAAGAGUAAGACUUUAUUUUACACUACUAACAUUGGUGUAAUUAGUAGCAACAUCUACUACACUGCCUCAAGACCAACAAGACGACAAAAUGAGGCUGACGGAACACCAGGUUCCCAAUCUUCUAAUAAAAAUGUGGUAAAUUUUUGUACCGUUUUGUCAAAUUUAGAUUUUUGAAUAAGCGAAUAUGUGGCGAAUUUCUGCAUGAAUAAAUUUUAGCAAAAGUCCAGACGAAAGUUGUUCUUUGCGUUGAAAAGGAAACCACCACCUGCUUCCAAUCCUCCAGUUCCUCAACAAGAACGCCAACAUUUUAAUCCUGAUGACAUCCCCAACAUCGACGAUCCCAUUCCAACGUACGAGUCCGUUGACGCCACGGAUUCUGAUAUUGCGUACUCGGUGAACGGAAGACCGAGAAGAUACGAUUAUCCAACAUUCAAAUCUAGGACAAAUGAGGAAGCAGUUUAUGCAAGUGCAUCACAGAUAUAUUCUGGAGGAAGUGAGGAUCCUUAUAGUUCCAUAGUAAGCGAUAUAGAAGGGAGUCGGCAACGCGGGGAUGACACUAGUGUGGGGUAUGCCAGAGUGGCAGAAGAUGCUAUGAAACCAUCUACAUCUCGACCCAUACCUGCACGGAAUGUGGAGAGUUUAUAUGCAAAAAUAAACAGAAACGCGGUGAACAAGAAGAUUAACGAAGCCAGCACUUCUUUGCAUCCUCCCGGCCUUCAAUUAUUGCCUCAGGCAGUUAGCUAUUCGAUCCCUUCUACAUCGAUUCAAGUGCAACCGACACCCGCAAUAGUUCCAAGUAAUACGCCCGUGUUUGAUCCAAAUUAUCAAUACGACGAGAGUGGAUCUGGAAGUAUAACAUCAAAUGGGAGCAGAAACCCCUCUUACAAGUACUUAACUGUACGAGAAACAUUAGGAGCCAUUCGAGAACGGAUUCGAGCAAGGGAAGAGGGGUAAGAAUAAGUCGAAAUUACCAUAUUCAGGGGCGUAGCUAGGGGUUGGUGUGGGGUGGGGGACGGUACCCACCCCCUCCACGGAAUUUUUGAUCAGCUGCUUCCCCGGCCAUAUUCGCAGUUUUAGUAUAUUGGAGACUCCGAGAGUAGGCCGAGAACACUACUAUUCCACAAUAAACAAUGAUUAUGAGACAGUAAAAGACUUGCGACCUCUGAAUGUCGUGACGGACACAAAGACGAACCCCCGACCCCCCACUUCGCCUGUUCCCAAUCAUAUUCCGACAAUGGUAAGGAGUUUUCCAUGUUAUCAAGAACCGGCGAUCCAUCUAAUCCAAUCUCACUACUCCCAACCGAAACCCAUAAUCAUCUCGUUGGCCGGUUUAGCCCGACUAGGGGGUAGUGCACCGGGUAGGCCUCGACGUUGUGUGGAGGAUCUAAUGUGGUGAAGAUUAUAUACAGUACACUCCGAGGUAAUAUAUUAACUUUCAGACAUAA